AUGCGUAACGCUGCGCAGCAGCUCCGUCGAUCGCAUAAAUAUGUCACUGCUCGUCGUACUACUUCGUCUACAUCUACCUCUUCAUUUGAUAUUUCUCAUACCACGCCGGCUUUUGUGCAGCCUCGUGCAAAUUCUACGCUAGAUGCAAUCCAUCCCCAGCACGUGAAGGCAGACGCGACUGGUGUUGUGGUUGGAAUUGCCAUCGCGGGUGCACUGAUUAGUGUAGGAAAGAUGUGGUGGGAUGGCUCUGUGCUGUCUUCUAAGGACACGGAGCUGGUAGCCUUGAAAGAGAUCCCCCAAGCAGAGAUUGUUGUUUUCUUCACGGAGCUGACGGCGGCUGUCAAGGACCUAUUUUCACAACUGCCAGAGAUUGAAGAUGCAGUGCGAAAGUAUGUGAAGGAUAACAAUCAUGAGCUGAGCGACGCCGAAAUCCAGCAGGCUGUUCUGUCACAAUUGUAUCAGAUGAUGGAAGGGAUUGAGCAGCAGAUUGCUGGAAAGCGCAAGUGGAGCCGUCAAAGUUUGGAGUUUGCGCUUGAAAAGUACGCGGAGGACGCAGCAAUUCUUAAGCUACAGGAUGACCUGAACAACCUGAUGCAAACCGUGUUUCCAGCUCCAAAACUGGUUGAGAUCCCUGAAAACCUCACUGCCGACAAGACACUGGCGAUUCUGAAGGAGAUGGUAGCUGGCAUGGAGAAGGCCAUGUUGGAUAUGCUUGCACAUGCGCGCGAAGAAGGGAUCAAUGAUAUCAGAAAGGCUAUGGAGGAUUUUCAGUAUCUGUACAUGGAGCACGUUGAGCAGGCAACAAAGGCGCAGAUGAAAGCGCACGGUAUAUCUCAGGAGAUUUUCACGGCAGCUUUGCAAAAGUACCACACCGAGAAUGAGCAGUUUCGGCAACAAGUGGAGCAGAUAUACACCAAGCAGGCCAAGGCCUUUCAAAAAAUGGGUCUGCCUGUGCAGACUCCAUAA